UUGCUCUAUAAAUAGCCCUCUAUUCGGGUCCAGGUACACAUUGUCCUCCAAAACAACAAAAAGAAUAUCGACCAUCAUCGCACAUUGCAAGAUUUAGAGACUACUAAGUAUCAUGCAGUCCAAGAUAUCAGUGAUCCUUGCGGCUUGCUUGUUGUUUUGCAUUAGCAGCCGAGGGGCUGCGACCGGGUGCGCACUGGAGAACAUCGUGGUGACCCAAGCCGACACCAGCGACUGGGCGCACGGCCAACCGGUGUACGCGGUGACGGUGGAGAACACGUGCGACUGUCCCCAGUCCCACAUCAUGUUGGAGUGCGACGGUUUCAAGACCACAUUGGAGAUGGACCCGUCCAAGUUCAAGUACAACGGUGACAGCAAGCUCUGCCUCGUCAACAAUGGAGAGCCCGUGGUGCAGGGCCAGGACGUCAACUUCCGCUACGCCUGGAGCCCAAAGUUCUUGCUUCCGCCUGCCAACUCGACGCUGGCGUGCUGAUGAUUUAUGUUAAAAUAACUGACCGUUGAAUGAAUAAGAGCAAUUGAAUGUCACAAUGUGUUCAGCCUUCAACCUGAUGUUGCG